UUCAGACCCCUCGAGACUGAGAGCGUGAGCGCAGUGCUUGCGGUCUUUGCUGCUGCAGGCGUUUCACACAGUGCUUUCAUGGCAUAGGAGAAACACGGCUCUGGCGGUGGGGGUAUGGCCAAGGGUUAAAGCACCGUGCACGCUAAACAAUAAAGACGCUAAUUCUUUGCAGUUAAUAUAUGGUUUAACUUUUGUCGCGUGAGUUUGUUUUCUUCCCUCGUGGAGGGGAUCGUAUCGUCCUUUGCAGUUUUAUUUGAGUGAGGAAACUACCGAGGAUGGAUUUAUAAUUUCAGGAUGUUCUGAAACAAAGGGGAACGGCACACGGCUGUUUGACUGCUGGGUUGUAGCUUCAUCUCCGAACUCCUGGAUGGGAACAUGGAAGCUGACGGCCAGUGGUGGAAAGACCAGCUCGCCGCAGACAUACAUAAAUCUCUGCGCAUCAAGGAGCUGAAGCUGCCUCUAUACCGAGCCCAGUCGCCCCAGAUCGGCCUGAGGCGCUACUUCGCCGACUUGCUGGCCAUCCUCAGUAACCGCUACCAGCUGUGCCCGACCGCCCGCCACCUGGCCGUCUACCUGCUGGACCUCUUCAUGGACCACUACGAAGUGGCCAUCAAACAGCUCUACGUUAUCGCUCUCUCCUGCCUCCUGCUGGCCAGUAAGUUUGAGGAGAAGGAGGACCGCGUGCCCAAGCUGGAGCAUCUGAACGCGCUCGGCUUCAUGUGCAGCCUGAACCUGGUGCUCGGCAAGCGUGACCUGAUCCGCAUGGAGCUGCUGCUGCUGGAGACCUUCGGCUGGAACCUGUGCCUGCCCACCCCCGCCCACUUCAUCGACUACUACCUGCGCGCCUCCGUGCAGGAGAGCGACCUGCACAACGGCUGGCCGCUCUCCUCCCAUUCCAAGACGCUGGCCUUCAUGGACAAGUACGCCCACUACUUCCUGGAGGUGUCUCUGCAAGACCACGCCUUCCUGAGCUUCCGGCCCUCGCAGGUGGCGGCCUCUUGUAUCGCGGCCUCCCGCGUCUGCCUGCAGAUCUCCCCCAGUUGGACCAGCGCCCUGCACCUGCUUACCGGAUAUACCUGGGAGCACCUGACCCCGUGUGUCGAGCUCAUGCUGCUCGCCCACGACAGUGACGUGAAGGAGGCUAACAAAUCCAAAUCGGCCCCGUCCCCGAGCCAGGCCGCCCUGCAGCCGCGUGUCCAGCCCGCCCCCCCCGAGCCCGCCUCCUCUCUGGACAGGCAGGCAUCUGCCACCUCCCAGCACCUGCUCUUCCGCCCGGGCGGCUACGCGCACCUGAGCCAACACACUGCGCCCGUAUCCCAGCUACACGUGAUAGCAAACACCCAGGCUUUGGGGCCUGUGCUAUCACAGGACUACCUCCAGUCCCACCAGGCGGGUCUAUUCUCCGGCACAUCAGCAGGGGGCGCCGUCCACCCAUACCCGAACUUGGCAUCAGGAUUGCGGGCCGUGCCUCUUCAGGGUCCCCUGUCCGUGCAGGUGGCCGUUGCCGCGGAAACGCGUCACUGCCUGGGCGUGGCCUACAGCACCGGAUACCUGGGGUCUCGUCACACCUUCGCCGCCGGCUGCUUUGACAGGUGACAGGUGCCGGCACACCUGCGGGGCACGGAGUGUCCAUCUGCUUCUCGUCGAAGUCGAUUUCUCGGCUACCAAAGUGGUUGAACGAGUCUUGCCUGCCCUCCACUCUUAUUAAACCUCAGAAAAUGACUGUGAUGAUGUAGCUGAAAAUAUACACUCCUGCCGAUUUAAAAAAAUAUAUAUAUUAAGGUACGUAAAAGUUAUUCACUAAGAUCCUGCUGCAAUAGUCACUUUCAUUUUUUUUUUUUUAAUCUUUCGAAGAUGACCCACUAAGACGGUGGUUCUCAAUCCGGUCCUCAGGGACUCAAUCGGUCCACAUUUUUGCUCCCUCCCAGCUCCCUGCCAGACAGUCUGCAUUUCUGCUCCAGGAGCUGAGAAGGAGCAAAAAUGUGGACUGUCUGUGUGGUCCCUGAGGGUCGAGCUGGGAAACACUGCACUGAAUAUUUCAUCUGUCCUGUGUAUGACCAGUGUGUCUCCUUUUGAUAAUUAUAUCACCCUGCAAAUUGGGACAAUAGAUUAACGCCAAAGCCUGCCUUCGAGACCAACUGCUCACUUUCAGCACGGUCCCCGGAGUCAAGAAGACAUUUUGAUCUUUUGGGGCUGUGGAAGAAUUUUGGCUUUUUUCCAUUACUUUCGAAGAUCAACCAAAUGCAACAGAAUUGCCUUAAUCUGUGGAAACAAGUUUUAAUGCGUUGUAAGUAUUCCAGUGCUGCUGCCUCAUGGUGUAUAAGCUGUCUAAUGACUGACACUUGAUUUCAUGUAGUGCUGUUUACAGGAUGUUUCAGGGACCGAUCUGACUACUUGAAAACGACGCCAUUGAUGUUUACCUCUGUGUAGUUCCUUUGGGUUUUUUUCCUACUUAAAAUGGGUGAUAUUGUGUGUGUUUAUUUGUAUUUUAUCUACAUUCAGUCUGAUUUGUGAGCUGUAGUACCUUGUUGAAUCUUCUGUUAAACCCCCCGGAGUUGUUGGGAUACAAUGAGCAGUGUAGUCACACCCGUUCCAGAAUUGAGGGGGGGGGGUAUUUUAAGAGGUACCUGUAGUUUACGGAGUGUUUAAGGACAAAGUGAAUGUUACGCCCCCCCCCCCCCCAACCCACUGCCAAAACCCGAGAUCUGUCCAUCUCUCUCUGUGGGGAGCUUUAAGAGAAGUAGGUUUAACUUUGUCAGUUUUGUGGGGGUUGUCAGCGCUCAGCUGGAUGGCAUCUCACGCUGAUGUGAAAACCAGAGACUGUUGAGCGACUUGGUACGUAUCUUGCGGUUUGUUUUCCCGGUAAUUUUGCCUAUCUGUAAUACUAAAGAAGUUUCCCGGUAUUUGUCUCUGAUUGAGAAAGUGUAACGGGAAUUGUUUUUGAAUACUGGGAGCAGCAUUUUCCGGGGACGGUUCAUCGAGCGCACAAAAAUUCCAAAAAUGACUCCUAACAGUAAUCAUAGAACUACAACUCGCUUCACAGCCUGGGGCAGAGGACGGUGGUUGUGUGAACACUGAAUAUCCUUUCAACUACCUCAGCGUGUUCACCUGUGUUCUACCACUUGUGUGUUUAUUUGAAUUUUACCCAUUUAUUUUUUAGACCAAGUGUAUUUAUAAUUCGCAGUAUUUUGUUAGUUCUGUUCCAGGUUUAUUUUAAGCUUGUUUUAUAUUAUCUCUGUGCGUUUUUAGCUGAGUUUCCUGUGACAGUCAUACAGACCAGCCUGUCUGUUGUACUGUGUUGAACAGACACUGUGGUGAUUCACUGAAAUGCAGAUUUCUGCUAAGAGGUUUUAGGGUGCAAUAUGUUAUUUUAGGCAGCUUGGAGAGCUGAACAUUUUCACAUAAAUUCCUGUUGCAUCAA